CGGUGGGUGCUGUCUCUUUGUCUCUCUCCAUCCUCCCCGCUCGUCUCUUCUUUCGCCAUAGCGCCAAAGGCACCUCAUCCUUCUUCCUUCUGUCAGCGUGAAGUUCUCGGAGGGAGGAGGGAAGGCAGUCUCUCUUGGACAAGAGUCUCGAAGCAGAAGCGAUGGCGUACGAAGCUUACGCACGGGGGGGAGAUUCUCGUGACGGUCGCGAGGGCCAUGAUUCGCGCGACUGGCGCGAGCCGCGCGAGCCUCGUGAGCGCGAUUCGCGCGAGUAUCGUGACGCGCGCGAGAGUCGCGAUGGGCGCGAGUACCGUGAUGCGCGCGACCACCGCGAUGCCCGCGAAGACGUUCGGGAUCGUCGGGAUGGGUACGACGAGCGCGAGGAGAGGGAGAACCUCCCCAGGACUCACGAUGUCGACGAGAAUGGCCAGUACGUUGUGCCGGAUGUGGUGAAAACUUUCGUCGCCUAUUUUUAUCGGCACAUUCGAGAGAAAAACGUGUAUGAAAUCCAUCAGAUGUACGAUGGAAGCUGGAACAAGCUCAGUGAGCGCAUGUUCACCACGACAUUGUGGCCACCAGUCGAAGCCAUCGCCCCGUUUGUGGACAACGAUCACGUGUUUUGCUUGCUCUACAAGGAAAUGUAUUUCCGCCACGUGUACGCGACAGUGCAGCCCACGUUGGCACAGAGGUGUGAGUCGUGGGAGAAUUACUGUAAUCUCUUCCAGGUGAUCCUGCAUGGUAAUGUGAACAUGCAGCUGCCCAAUCUCUGGUUAUGGGACAUGAUUGACGAAUUCAUCUAUCAGUUCCAGAACUUCUGCCAAUACAGGGCGAAAUUGAAGUCAAGGACAGAGGAGGAGCUCACUGCUUUGAGACAGUGUGAACAGGUGUGGAACAUUUUUGGUGUGCUCAAUUAUUUGAAGGCGUUGAUCGAGAGCUCGCACAUUGUGGACAUUCUGGAAGAGGAGAGUGGAGGUAACCUGACUUUCACUGCAACGGAUGGGUACGACUACCAGGGUGGGAGUAACGUCCUGAAAGUGCUCGGCUAUUUCAGCAUCGUGGGGCUGCUGAGGGUCCACUGUCUGCUUGGUGAUUAUCAUGGAGCACUCAGGUGUCUUUCUCCCAUUGACAUCAAUCAGCAAGGCGUCUUCACUCGUGUCAUUGGCUGCCACAUCACUACUAUGUACUAUUAUGGCUUCGCCAACAUGAUGAUGCGCAGGUAUGUGGAAGCGAUCAAAGCUUUCAACUCUGUGUUGCUCUAUAUUGUCCGAACACAACAGUACCACUCCAAGUCCGUGCAAUACGACCAGAUAAUGAAGAAAAACGAGCAGAUGUGUGCUCUGCUGGCCAUCUGUCUCUCGCUCUGCCCACAGGCGAAGUUGGUGGAGGAGAACAUUCACAACCAGCUACGCGAGAAGCUUGGGGAGAAGAUGCUCCGGAUGCAGCGGUGCGAUGAGGCCACAUACGACGAACUGUUCUCAUAUGCGUGUCCCAAGUUCAUUACUCCGUCAGCUCCAAACUUCGAUGAACCACCUAUGAACUAUAAUCAGGAUGCAUACCGGUUACAGUUGAAGUUGUUCCUCACAGAAGUGCGUCAGCAGCAACUUGUGCCAAGCAUUCGGAGCUUUCUCAAGCUGUACACAACAAUCCCGAUUUCCAAACUGGCAUCCUACAUGGACAUCAAUGAGAGUACACUCAGGGCUGGCCUGACCUCGUACAAGCAUAAGACCCAUUCUGUGGAUGCUGACAGGAAUAUUAUAUCAAACGCGGACAUCGAUUUCUACAUUGAUGGGGAGAUGAUCCAUGUGGUUGAACCGAAGACAACGCGGCGGUUUGGGGACCACUUCUCGAGACACAUCUUGAGGUUUGAGGAGAUUACCCGAGAGCUUGAACGUAUGGAGCUGCCGGUAUAAUAAAUUUUUGGUAGAAUCGGCUUGCGAUAUUCUCUCUUCGAUGAGGACUCCGGACUUGACUCCACUGAUCAGGGAAGGUGUGCAGAAGGCUGGGAAACGGCUCUUGUCGAAUAGGCAGGUAGGGGGGGAUUGCGGACAGUAGAUUGCCCAAGCCAGGGAGGUCUAGAGUGAGAGGGAGGCGUUCAUCCCACUCAGCGUUAUGAUUUCCUUGUGACACGAGGUGUUUUACAGCCAGUUUUGCGUGAUGUGUGUUGUAUGGAGAGAGAGAGAGAGAGAGAGUAGUUGGUUGAAAAGACACUUUCAUAUGCAUGGUAAACUGUAUCCGGAUAUCCGGAGGAAGAUUGGACGGCUUGACAUGGUGAACGGCUGUGGGUGCAGUGCAGCUGGCCUUGUAUAUGUCUGUCACCGUUUGUGUGGUGAGUGUAAGUGAACUCCCGGCCUGGAAUUUUGGGUCCAUUCGGUUUUGUCUAUCAUUCUGAGAGUAAUGGUAAUAGCAGGGUUUUUCCUGCUACGUGUUUUUAUAGUUUCGUGUUACUGUUUUGUAACCUGUCAACAGUUUUCUUCGUACUGGAAUCAUUGCUCUGAUUAGUGGUAUGGAAUCUGAGAAAGCCUCAUCCGUAGACAAUUGGCCGUGUGCGCGUAUGGGCUGAUAAAUGGUAUGGUUCACAAGGAGUGUACGCGCGAGCGCUUCCUUGUGUGUGUAUGUGUGUGCGAGCGUGUGUGUGUGUGUGUGCGUGUGUGCGUGAGAGAGAGAGAGAGAGAGAGAGAGAGAGAGAGAGAGAGAGAGAGAGAGAGAGAGAGAGAGAGAGAGAGAGAGAGARCGUGUGCCUAUAAGGUUUGUUUCAGAUUAGGUACAUGUAUGUGUGGGUGUGUGGGUGUGUGGGUGUGUGGGUGUGUGUGUGUGUGAGAGAGAGAGAGAGAGAGAGGUGGCGUGGGGGCAUUGUUGCGAAAGAGGCAGGGGUAAUACCUGAAGGUGCGUAUGAAACUUUUUGAGUGUUGAUUCAUUUGUCUGUUUGCAGCAGACCCGAUCCCUUGUAUUGUGUUUUGUGCUGUUGGAAAUCUUUCCUCUUUGGAUGCCAGGAUAUCCAUUGAGGGAACAUUGUUUCAGCUCUUUGGAGUUGCUGCUUUCUCGUCAGGGAAUGUGUACCUGUUUCAUACACUCGGUAUCUACAUGUGUGUAUGUCAGCUCAUCCCAUUGCCACCACAUUUUAGAACUGCCUCCAAAAUGAUUGGACAGUUACUUGAUAUGGAAUCUAUGGAUACCAUUUUAACUGAAUUCUGAUCUGGUCUGUGUGGGGCCCAAUGCAUGACUGUCAGAGUAUGUCUGGCUGGUGAGAGAUGAGUGUGUGGGGUUGUGAAAAGUUUUCGUUAAUUAGGCUUUCUCCUCUUUGUGGUGUCUCAGCCCACUAUCUCAAGACCAUGAAGUAUAUCGGACAACGUAUUGUGCGACCAAUCGCUUCAGUGAGUGAAAUGGAUGGCUCCAUUCACGAACGGAUUUGGGGUAGAGUUGUAGAUGAGUGCUCGCUUAGGACCACCAGAAAUCUUUUUCCGAAGGGUGGAAGUCUCGAAGACUUGCUGCACCCAUCG